UCUUCUUUUCUCCACACCAAAACAACAUUCAUAGUUUCUUAGCAUAUGUCUCAGAGACCUAACGUUCCUCACUCUUCUUCCAUAGCCUGUGGCCUUCAUUCCCAUCUCCUGGUUUCCAGUGAGAUGAGCUCUAACUCUAAUUGGUCUUUUUCCAAUUCCCAGUAGAACUAGUUUCUCUACUACUAUCAAUUAAAUUCAUUAUUACACCCCCAAUAUUCAUUUUUAUUCUUUGAAACUUAUUGAAACCCUUUUUCUAUACUAACUCAGAAACAACAACAAAAAAACACCAUGGGUGUCAAAGGUUUUGUUGAAGGUGGUAUUGCUUCAAUCAUAGCAGGAUGUUCCACACAUCCACUAGAUCUUAUUAAGGUUCGCAUGCAACUUCAAGGUGAAAACGCGCCUAAGCCGAACCCAGUUCAGAUCCUUCGACCGGCUCUUGCUUUCGGUCAAACCGGAACAACUACGAUCCAUGUUGGGUCUACUCCGGUUCCUCAGCCUCGUGUGGGCCUUGUCUCAGUCGGAGUCCGUCUUGUUCAACAAGAAGGUGUAACAGCUUUGUUCUCUGGCAUCUCCGCCACCGUGCUCAGGCAGACACUGUACUCCACCACCAGGAUGGGACUUUACGAGGUUUUGAAAAACAAGUGGACAGAUCGUGAAGCUGGUGGCACUAUGCCGCUGGUUCGCAAGAUCGAGGCUGGACUUAUUGCUGGUGGGGUUGGUGCUGCUAUCGGUAACCCCGCCGAUGUUGCCAUGGUUCGAAUGCAAGCCGAUGGGAGACUCCCACCGGCUCAGCAGAGAAACUACAAAUCUGUUGUUGACGCCAUUACCAGAAUGGCGAAGCAGGAAGGUGUGACUAGUCUCUGGCGCGGGUCAUCAUUGACUGUGAACCGCGCCAUGCUGGUCACAGCUUCACAGCUGGCUUCAUAUGAUCAAUUCAAGGAGAUGAUUCUUGAGAAGGGUGUUAUGCGUGAUGGCCUUGGGACCCAUGUGACAGCUAGUUUUGCAGCGGGAUUUGUGGCGGCGGUUGCGUCGAAUCCAGUGGAUGUUAUUAAGACAAGGGUGAUGAACAUGAAGGUGGAGGCUGGAAAGGAACCACCCUAUGCUGGUGCUUUGGAUUGUGCUUUGAAGACAGUUCGUGCUGAGGGUCCUAUGGCUCUUUACAAGGGAUUUAUUCCUACAAUUUCAAGGCAGGGACCUUUCACUGUUGUUCUGUUUGUUACUUUGGAGCAAGUUCGCAAGUUGUUGAAGGAUUUCUGAGUUGCUAGAUUGAUGAUGGCGAAGAUUUUUAGUUUUUAAGUUGAUUCCAAUAAACUCUGUUUUAAUUUUUGUCUUCUAAUGUGGUUGUUCUAGAUGGUAAUUUUGAUUAAUGAAAACCAUGAUUUUAAAUUGAU